AUGCCUUCUCAUCAAGAGGCCGCGAAGCCGGUGCUGCUCGCCGCCGAGCCGGCCGCCAGCCGCGCCGUCUGUGACGUCAUGCUGGCCGUGCUGGGCACCGGACUGCGGCUGCUGCACCCGUUCAUGCCGCACCUGACCGAGGAGCUGAACCAGACGCUGGCGCCGCUCACCGAUGAGCGGCGCUCCCUGCUACAUCAGAGUUUCCCGGAGCCGGGCGAGUGGGUGCAAUGGAGGGAUGAGAGCCUGGAAGCGUCUUUCGUGACCUGUUUGGAUGCUGUCCGGGGUCUCAGAGCUGUCAAGAAGAAGUACCGGGUCACCAAAAGCUCACCGGAAGUGCACCUGAGCAUGCGGCCCGAGCUGUCGGCCGAGCUGGCGACCGUGGUCUCCACGCUGUCCCGCUGCCGGGUCCGGCCGGCACCGGCCGCUGAGCACCGCGGCCUCCUGGUGCAGGGCCACAACUGGAGAGCGCACGUGGACUUGCAGGUGAAGUUGGCGCCGGCGCACGCCAGCCCACCAGCACAGGACGCUCGUGGUGCGCCUGCGUUCUAGUUUGUGCUACUGUGGUGAGAAGCGGGUGUAGCCCUUCGCCAGUCACCACACGGACUGCAGAAAGGUGGUCAACUGAACAUUCUUACGGCCAGGGGAUG